GUUUUGAAUGUUUUGAACAGUGAAGUGAAGUGAAGGUCGAAUGAAUGAAUGCAUUGAUGUAUUGAUUCAAUCAUUGAAUGCAUUAAUAGUUUUAACUGUUUGUCUCGUAUUUCAAAAUCAAUUGAUAACUAAAUUAAGACUCAAUUUGUCUGUUAAUUGUGUUAUUGAUUUGUGUGAUCACUAUUACCACCGAUUAACAAGUGAUGGCCGACUCUACCGAUAGCCGUAGUUCUGGCGAUACUGUGAUUCAGAACCAAUUGAAGAACCAUUUGAAAGACUGGAAGCAUUUGGUGGUUAAGUUGUAUUCAAUACUUAUAUGGGAGGCGUCAGACAUCUAUCCGCUGGCCAUCGCAAGUGUUGUCUCAACAAUAUUUCUUCUUAUUUGGUAUUUGGAUACAUCUAUAUUGACCACAUUGUCAGUCAUAGGAAUCGUGGCCACAGUUAUGGAUUACGGACUGCCGAUUGUCAAUCACAGUCUAUUUAAUCCAAACAAAUGGAGUGCAUCAGAUGAGGCAAAAUUUGAGACGAUAUGCACAGAGUUGGUCAACAACUGGACUGUUGUAAUCAAAGCUUAUAGUCAAUGGCAAAACACGAAGAACUCUAACCCGAAGCUCUAUUAUGCGGUUCUGUUGUCUACUCUAUUGAGUGUCAGUUGGAUCGGUAAUGUUGUCCACAAUCUUCUGCUCACUUAUCUAUUGGUCGUAUUUGUGGCGCUCUUUCCGGGACUCAAACACAGAGGACUUAUCGAUAAAUACUUGUCGGUUGCCAUGAGUUCUGUUUGUAAACUAAAGCGUAACUAAUUUCUCGAUUUAACUCUUAUUUAAUUCACUCAAUACUUCACUUUUGUCUCAAUUUUUAAAAUUAUUUAUUUCGAGACUAAAUUCAUUUGUCAAAUAACUAGAUAUUAUUCAAGAGAUGUUUUAUUUAAUUUUUAUAAGUUUUGUUUAACUAAUUGAUAGAUAAAUCAAUUAGUUAACUAAUUUAAUCCAAUUUACUUAUAUAUAUAUACUGUACGUUAAUAAUUGAUUGAUUCAAACAAAUGUAAAGCCAAUUAAUUAAUGCAUGCCUUACGGAGUGUUUCAUAAAAAAGUGUCAUUUAAAGUAUUAUAUUAUUGUAUUUAAAUGAUAUUAUAUUU